CCUUCUGUUUCUGCUCUCCCUUAUCUCCUUGAGUGUUGAACAGAGAAGGGAGAAGCCAAUCAUGGGUUCCACUUCACUACCAUCUUCCAUUCAGAUGUCAUCCACACAUUCCACCUUCACUCAAAAACUCAGCACCCCUCUAAAGAAGUUUCAGAUUGUGAUGCCUACAAGAGACACACAAUUUUCUUGCAAACUUCUUCACAAAUCAGUUCCUUUGGCUGCUUCAAUUGCAAUUCUUCUCUGGUCAACCCCAGCACAUGCUGGGUUCAUGUCAGGAAUUUCUGGACUAGAGUCUAUUCCUGGUCCUCAGCUACCUCAGAUUGACUUUAUCAAACGUCUCAAUGAAGAAAACCAGAAGAAAUAUGCUGAGAAUGAUGCAAGAAUUAAAUCAUCCCCCCUGAUGAAGAAACUGCUUGAACAAUCCAAGUUGAAUAAAGAGAAGAACCGUAAAGAAAUUGAGAACAAGUACUGCAUACGUGGGGCAGAAUGGGGAGUUGGAGAUUGUUCAACUGAGGGAAUGUCUCCAGCUGAGAGGGAGAAAUUCAUAGCAAUGUUGAAGCAGAAGGCUGGAGUGGAGUGAUAUAUAUGAUGCCACUAGAGCAUAGAGAACACAAAUAAAUUAUAUAUAGUUUCUUAUAAACUAUGAAUAGGUGCAAGUGCAACUUUAGCAUUUAGAAUUGCUCUAGGUGAUGAAUCAAUUAGGCCUCAUGCAGAGUUUCAAAAUUUUGUUUUUGAAACAAUUGCACAUGAUUUAUUUGUGAUAUUGAGAAAGAAAAGCUCUUACAUCUACCUUGAUUCCUACUUUAGAUGGUUUUGUUUUGUUUUCCUUAA